GAAGAUCUUCCCUCUGCUCCACCCUCUGCCAGAGCCUCACAGAAGCUCAAUCUGUUUCACCAGAUAGAUCCCCGUGUCAACUGCUGUGCUCACGCUUGCUAGCCUGGGACAUCUGACUCAACUGAGAUAGUCGUUGGUGGCAGCGGCAUCCCUUUCUUGCUCUGUGCCACUCUGCCUCACAGGGAGAGGCUUGCUUUACACACUUUAAAAGUCCAUCCUCAGCUCUUGGAACCCUGCGUCUCUAGAACCGGACCCCUCACUCUUCCUGGUCCUGCCGCCAGCAGACUCUGAACCAUGGUCUGCAUGGAGCAAGAGGCCAUCAGCUUCUCCUUGGCUACGCUGGGCUGGCUGUGCGCCAUCGUGAGCUGUAUCCUCCCCUUUUGGAAGGUGACAUUUCCUGAUGAGACGAACCCAGAUGCCAGCAUUGGCGAGGGCCUGUGGCACAUAUGCCAGGUGGAGAAAAGCAACCAGAUACUGUGCACCUUGUAUGGCAUCCGGCCCGCAGUAACUCAGGACCUCAGCGUGGCUCGAGUCUCCAUGGUCACCUGCAUCAUUGGAACCUGGCUAGGUUUGCUGCUGUGCAUGAUUGGGGAUGAACGCAUCAGGUGUGUGAAGAGCAGGGCCAUUGUACUCAAGAUCAUGAGGGCAGCCAGUGUGAUAUUCCUCGGUGUUGGCUUUCUGGUGCUGAUAUCCACGUCCUGGGUGUCCUACAGCAUCAGCCGUGGCUUCUCCAACCCACUGCUGGGUUCCACGAAGAAAACAGAGAUGGGUGCCUCACUCCGCUUAGCCUGGGCCAGCUCACUGCUGCUGUUGCUGGGAGGCACUCUGCUGUGUUUUGACUGCCCAUCACUCAAUGACCUUAGACUCACCGUGGACUGUGCUAGCAGCCUUCAGGAGCCAACGGCAAUGCAUCGGGUGUUUCAUUCCAAAAGUGAGCAGGAGGCCGAGUGAACUUGCAAGACUCGAGAUGCCCUCUUCCCAGGUUCUAGAAUCAGUGAACUAUUUCUAGGGGCAGAAAAGACACUUGGAUGGAGCUGCCCACAAGCU